AUCCAGGGCAAGGGUGUAAGUCAAAUCUCGAACAUGGCAAAAAGCAUUUCCCGGGCUGACUGCUUGAACGCAGACAAGAAAGCACCAACAUACAACGACGCUGUGAGACAUCACUCUGCUUUGCGAUUGAAGUUCGUUUCUGAUGUGUAUUGUCCUAGGUGGAUCUCCUGCGUAAUAAAAUGACAGAAAAGCUUGAGGCAGAAGAGGCAAGGCGUGUAUCUCAAACGCAACCUUACACUGCAUCGCAGCCACAGCCUACGCCGCAAAACACACAUGAGAGCACACCUCAGUAUACCCCUGCCGCGUCCAGCAGUCCCAUACCUGGCAAUGCCGCAUCCAGCAAUGUUGCAGCCGCAGUUGCCGGUACGGGCGAGCCUCAAGCCCAUAGUUUCGAGCCCGUACCGGACCCUUGCGAGCCCCCUCUUGUCCAGGAACAACAAGCCGCCAUGGAUCUUGCCAUGGCGGGACAUAACCUUUUCAUCACUGGAUCAGGCGGAUGCGGCAAAUCUGUCCUCGUAAAGGCCUUGCACAAGAUGUUCAAAGCAAAUGAACGAGAAGUCCAACUCAUCGCACCUACCGGCAUCGCUUCUGUCAACAUCGGUGGUAGAACAGUGUGGAAUUACGCGGGCUGGACACCGGAUGAUUUCUCAAAGCCAGAUGCAUUCGGUAGACUAAUGGGAAAGUCGCGACACAAUGAAAACAAGAAUCGAAUAGUUGAUACCCAUGUUCUUAUCAUCGACGAAAUCAGCAUGGUUGAGAAUCAAUUCUUUGAACGACUCGGUCGGGUCAUGAGACGUAUUCGACGCGAAGCAGCCCCAAAAAACUCCCAGAGUUGGAUGGAGGCUCAAGGCGCUUUUGGCGGCGUCCAGGUCAUGGCUUAUUGUCUUGAUUGUGGCUCGGAAAUGCAACAGGAAAAUGUCGGGAACUCAGUCCGUUCAUAUUUCUGCCCUAAAGGAGUCAGCGAUGAAGGGCCGCAGCGAAAUGCUCAUGGGUAUUUCAUGGAGCACGACAAAUGGGCCUUCAAGUCUCCUGAGUGGGUGAGGUGCAACUUCAAGUACGUCCACCUGAAGAAGGUUCAUCGACAAACAGACAAGGACUUUAUCAGGAUUCUUCAGACAUGCCGGUUGGGUGAAGAUCUCAGCCCGGGAGAUAUCAACCUACUGCUAAAUCAUCCAACCCAGGUUGAGAACGCAACUCGUUUGUUCAGUCGUAGAUUGCAAGCUCAAAAGCACAACAAGAAUCAGCUCAAACGGCUCCAUACCCUGUCCCAAGAAUAUUGGUGUCUCGAUUAUGCCAAUAAAAAUAACAGCACAGAUGAAGAACUUGAUCUUCUGAUCGAUUACUACACGGCAAGUGCUGACUACCUCAUGCGUCGAGCUAUUGAUCUAGACAGCGGCCUGUGUAACGGCAGUCAGGGCAAAAUCUGCGACUUUGUCUCACGUUCCAAGAUUGAACGUCCCACGGAACCUAAGCGAAAAAACUACAAGAAGGAUUUGCCAGCUUUCGAUGCUGCUAUGGAACGUUUUCGUCUGACGGAAUGGUUCUUAACGGACGAAGGCGCGCCUGAAUUAUACCCCGAGGUCGAGUUCAAUAACGGCCAACGCCGUGUCAUUGGCCCGGAUUGCGCAGUAAACGAACUUGGCACAAAGCACCCGCACAUGCUCAUAUCUCGGACACAGCUACCUCUCGCUCCAGGCUGGGCCAUGACCAUCCAUAAGAGCCAGAGUCUGUCUCUUGACCGCUUAAUCGUUGACUUGGGUUCUGUCUUUGAAAAGGGCCAAGCCUAUGUAGCGCUCAGCCGUGCCCGGUCUCUCCAAGGUCUGCAGAUAGAAGGCACCGAUAAAUACAUGCUUCAGUCGGGCUUGGAACUGGAUUCCGAAGUGAAGAGGUUUCUGGAAGAGCUUGAGAGGAGCGCUGAGGGAAAUUAA